UUCCUGUUUGCUGUUGCCUGGUUGUGAAAGUAGAAGGCAUGAAACACUCCUGCAAUGCGAGAGGAGGACGGCUCAUAUCUUCCUUCUCCCCACUCUGACACAGGCACUGGCACUGGUUCUUUGAGGCAUGGCAUCAGAGAGCGGUGUGAGUGCAUGGAGCUGUAAGCAGGUGGCCCAGUGGCUACAGGCAGAAGGAUUCGCCGACUAUGUGGAUCUGCUGUGUGCUGACCACCGCCUGGAUGGGCCCAGUCUCCUGGCUCUGACUGAGGCCGACCUACGCGGACCUCCUCUGAGCCUCACUGUGCUAGGGGACAUCAAGAGGCUGGCAAUAUCCCUCCGCCAGCUUCAAAGACAGAACCAUGCUCAGGUGCAAGAGCUAGGUCUCCAGCCAAGUGACAGUCUCCCAGCGGCCGACUGGACCUGGGACAGAGGCGACAGGCACCGCAACGGAGGAGAGUUCACCGGGAAUGGCAUUGCGCUCCGACAGAGGAAUGGCACCGAAGCUGAAUACGGCUCCGGAGCGCCGCUGCUUCACACUCACUCCAACGGAAGAAGUCGGCAGCACCUAGCCGGAAGGCUUGACCCGGAGGUGUGGAAGACCAUCUUGAGUGUCAUUUAUGUCUUUUUAGUGUUUGGCUUUACUUCCUUUGUUAUGGUCAUCGUACACGAGCGUGUUCCAGACAUGAGAACCUAUCCACCGCUUCCUGACAUCUUCUUGGACAGUGUUCCGAGAAUCCCAUGGGCUUUUGCAAUGGCUGAAGCCUGUGGACUCAUCCUGUGCUACAUGCUUAUGUUGAUCCUGCUGCUUCAUAAACACAGGUCCAUUCUCAUAAGGCGGUUGUGUUCUCUGAUGGGAACUGUGUUUUUACUUCGCUGCUGCACCAUGUUUGUCACCUCGCUCUCCGUGCCUGGACAUCACCUCAAGUGCACCAGCAAGGUGAGAAGCUUCCACGCGUACGGCAAUUUGAUGGAAAAGAUACAGAGGGCACUGACGAUAUGGGUCGGAUUCGGGAUGACUCUGACCGGCGUCCAAACAUGUGGAGACUACAUGUUCAGCGGACACACGGUUGUCAUUACCCUGCUCAACUUUUUUGUGACAGAAUACACUCCUAGAACGUGGAAUUUAAUUCACACCAUCUCCUGGGUGUUGAACCUCUUCGGGAUCUUCUUCAUCCUGGCGGCACACGAGCACUACUCAAUCGACGUCUUCAUCGCCUUCUAUAUCACCACGCGCCUUUUCCUGUACUACCACACCUUGGCCAACACCCGCGCCUACCAGCAGAGCCGGAGGGCUCGCAUCUGGUUCCCCAUGUUCUCUUUCUUCGAGUGCAACGUGAACGGACCCGUUCCCAACCAGUACCACUGGCCUUUCAGUAAACCUGCCUUCAUGAAGACACUCAUUGGGUAGACUGUAAAUGCUUGCCCCCUUCAUCAGCCACGCUCCAUUCAUCACGAGUUUGUGUUCCAGCUCAAAUAUUAGUUUAAGAUGAUUUUUUUGGGCUGCAUACAGACCGCAGAUAAGAUGAAGGUUGUCACCCAAGGAAGCCAAAGAUAUUUGUUUAUUUCAAAUGAGAGCUUCACAAACCUAAUAACUUUUUUUCCUAUUUUUGCACAGGAUAUAAUUGAAUUGGUGGUAGGGUGGGAUGGUCUCCAUGCACUGAACACAUCCUGGAUGGAGUGCACAAGUAUCGCUUUUGCCUUAAUAUAUAUAUUAUUACCGCUGCGGUAUUCUAAUCGAUCCCACCCAGCAUUCGUAUGAAAAAGGUGGAUGGGGUUUCACGGAGUUAAGUCAAAUUUUGGUAAGUGUUCAAGUGCAGUUUUUGCUACCAAAGAAGUUUCUUCUGGACGAUACUUGCUGUUCUGCGAGAGGCAUUGACACUCUAAUUUAUUUGUGUAAUGUAAUGCUAUGACUUUUGAGAACGGAAGCUUUUUUUGUCUUACGUGAGAGGGCGCUGCACCUACUCACGUCAGCGGCUCAUGAGCCAAAAAAAAAGGGCUUUAAAAGAACAGCAACUAUGCAAUAAUGCAUAUGCGUUUCAUGUGAUUGUUUACAAUUUAUGUUUUUAUUUGCAAUGCAAGUGAUAAUCGAAAUGCCUUUUGGCUCGCCUACCCAAUGUUUACAAGACCAGCAAGUUUUUAUAUUUAAUACUGACUGUUGAAGUUGAUUUGAACUACCGUAAUUUGUGGAUUAUUUUUAAUUAAAACAUACAGUAUACAAGUACGUUUAUGUGUGAACAUUCUCUAAUAACAUUUCUGCAGAAUCUGUCCAUGAAAGUACCAGGUAGGUUGAACUUUCCAUUUAUCCUUCUACACUAAGCAUUUAGGUGUAUGUUUUCUCUGUCAAGGAAACAGCAAACUAAUAAUGACUUUCUGGGUGCACCCAAACAGAAAAGAUUGCAUUUGAAAGAUCAGUCACAGAAAAACAAAUGAUAUUGUUGGGGACUUACUCUAAAUGCUGUGUGGAUUUGGAACCUCUGGGCUCUGCCACGAGAUUCAUUGCUUGCAAGGCUGAAAAAUCUCACCGUUUGGCCGCUGUCCUUUUCUGGUUUACUUUUUAAAUGUCGAAUAUUAAGAGUGCAAGAUAAAAAAAAAAACAGUAUUGUGUUGUAAUGUGAAGAAACGUAUGAAUGAGCUCUAAAAGCUCGUGUAUGAUAUUACAAAACUCAAUUCUUUUUUUUUUUCAAUUUUAGCUUUAUUUUUUAUUGUUACUUUUCAAUAAUGAAAAUAAACCUCGAAUGUGAUGGUUAAUUAUGAACACAGCCAUUUCCCGGAUAAAAGAGGGUGUCCACACGUGCAACUAAAUUCUUAGUUUUUAUUUUUACUUACCCUCUUGAAAAGAUGUCCCCCCUCCUUCCAACUUAGUUAUACACCUUAUAUUAAGGGUGGAAAGGCUUUGAAGUGAUUUAUAUUGGUCUUACUGUGUUGACAUCACCCCCCUCCCCCACUGCAGACCAGCAUUUACGCUCACAUUCAUGCUUAUAAAAAAAAAAUCGAGUCUUGAAUGAAUCUUACAUGUACUUUUUUUGUUGUUGUGGAAAACAACACAAGCAUAGGCAAAACUCCACACAGAAAGGCCAGAGCUAAGAUUCGAACACAGAAGUUAAGAACUGCAAGGGAAUGCUGACCACUUUCUUACCAUGCUAACUGUGUACCUGUAUUGUCAUCUAUAAAUUAAGGCUGUCUCAUAAUCUGUGCAUGGGCUGUCCAUCUCUAAAUAUAAACAUAAGCACUGAUGCUCAUGUUAAAACCACAUUCGAGGUGCUGGACCACCGAAAUUUAAGUGCAGGUGAUUUCUUGUUGCCAUGGCAAUGACAGAGUGUCGAUCCCAGUUUCUCCCUAUGAUGAGCCAGCGUACAUCAAUGGACAGCAAUGUUUGACAGUGCAGUUCUCACAUACUUUUGUGUACAACUUGCGUGAACUAUGUAACAGUGAUUUCACUUCCUUCAAUUUGUCUUUUAAGGUGCAGUCAUGCAUAGCGGCAACACUGUACAAUUUUGAGAAAAAGAUCUGAUGUAACCAAGUGUGGAUGGCAGAGAGAGAGAGGGAGAGAGAGGAGUCUUACAUGCUUUGUUGAAUUUUACUGACAUCUGUGUGUGCCCAUCCCUUCAUCAGAUGAUGAAUAAAACAUCCCAAUCCCUGCCAAUGGUGAGAAGCUCUAAAAAGGCUGUGUUGAGACAGGUGCGUGAAGGCAGUCUGACAACAAAUUUGCGGAAAUGUGCACAUGGAUUCCACUGUCUAUUCCAGGCAUGGGCAACUACACUCUGAGUGGCCCCUUGCUUAAUGCAAUAAAAUAAAAU